UGGAGAUCUCACGUCGCGCUCAGGUUCAUACUGGUCUCGCGCUGCUCGGUUUUCUGUCAGAGGGCUCGAGAGGAGUAGUGCGAGUGGACAGGUCUGAUGCAUGAGCCAGGGAACCGGCAGCAGAGAUGAAGCCUGACGCCGAUUGGCUGUGAUUUUUAAAAGCCACUUCUUUUAAAAAUCGGUUGCCCAAUAUCAACAUGGCAGAGCGCUCGGCUACAUUGCCCACUUCAAAGAUGGCGGCCCUCAGCCGGGUCCGAGUUCUGGCUCUGGUGUUUUUCACAGUCAGCGGCUGUUUGGUGAGCUUAUCCAGCGGCGAGGAAGGUGCAGAGGAGACGGUCAUCAUAGGGCUGAGGCUGGAAGACUCGGACGACGUUUCAUAUAUGGACGGCGGGUCGCUGCGGGUGAGCGAGAGGACCCGGGUCAAGCUGAGGGUCUAUGGGCAAAAUAUCAACAACGAGACGUGGUCCAAAAUCGCUUUCACCGAGCAUGAAAGGACCAAAGUAAUUGGCAAUGUCUAUAGCACUGCUGGAGAUAACAAAAGCAAAGAGGACAGCUUUCAUCCCUGUGGCAUAAGGACCUCAGAUAUAAUAAUUUUGCCCAAAAUAAUCUUAAAUAGAAGGACCUCUGGGAUUGUGGAGAUCGAAAUCAAACCUCUGAGGAAAACGGAAAAGAGCAAAGCGUACUACCUGUGCACAGCCAUGCCCACACCGACAGUGGCAGGGGCGCAUGAUCCCUGGACUGAGACUACAUGGGUCUACCAUGAUGGAGAUGACACCAAAGUUGUGGUGGUGGAAGAACGAAAAUUCCUGCUGCCUUUUUGGUUGCAGGUCAUAUUCAUCGGGCUUUUGCUCUGCCUGUCUGGUAUGUUCAGUGGGUUGAACUUGGGUCUGAUGGCCCUUGACCCGAUGGAACUACGGAUUGUCCAGAACUGUGGCACUGAAAAGGAGAAGACGUAUGCUAAGAAGAUUGAGCCAGUCAGGAGUCAAGGGAAUUACUUGCUUUGCUCGCUUCUUCUGGGGAAUGUGUUGGUCAACACCACCUUGACCAUUUUGCUGGACGACAUUGCUGGCUCUGGAUUGAUUGCUGUUGUGGUGUCUACCAUUGGCAUUGUAAUAUUCGGGGAGAUUGUGCCCCAGGCGAUCUGUUCCAGACACGGGUUGGCAGUAGGUGCCAAUACCAUAUUCUUGACCAAAUUCUUCAUGCUGCUUACCUUCCCUGCUUCAUACCCGGUCAGCAGGCUUUUAGAUUGCGUUUUAGGGCAGGAGAUUGGCACUGUGUACAACAGAGAGAAGCUUCUGGAGAUGCUCCGGGUUACAGACCCCUACAAUGACCUGGUCAAGGAAGAACUCAACAUCAUCCAGGGAGCACUGGAGCUCAGGACUAAGACAGUGGAAGAUGUGAUGACACCUUUAAGAGAUUGCUUCAUGAUCGCUGGCGAUGCCAUACUGGACUUCAGUACCAUGUCAGAGAUUAUGGAGAGUGGGUAUACCCGGAUCCCAGUCUUUGAAGGAGAAAGAUCUAACAUUGUGGACUUGCUCUUCGUGAAAGACCUGGCGUUUGUGGACCCAGACGACAGCACGCCACUGAAAACCAUUACCAAAUUCUACAGCCAUCCCUUGCAUUUUGUAUUCAAUGACACCAAGCUGGAUACCAUGCUGGAGGAGUUCAAAAAAGGUAAAUCCCACUUGGCAAUUGUCCAGCGUGUGAAUAAUGAGGGGGAAGGAGACCCUUUCUAUGAGGUGCUAGGGAUCGUCACCUUGGAGGAUGUUAUAGAAGAAAUCAUCAAGUCAGAAAUCCUGGAUGAAACAGACUUGUAUACUGACAACAGAACGAAAAAGAAAGUCACCCAUCGGGAAAGGAAGCAGGAUUUCUCAGCUUUCAAGCCGACAGACAAUGAAAUGAAGGUUAAAAUAUCACCCCAGCUUCUGCUGGCAAUGCACCGUUUCCUAGCAACAGAGGUGGAGCCCUUCAGUCCUGUCCAGAUGUCUGAGAAGAUCUUGCUACGGCUUCUCAAGCACCCAAACGUCAUCCAGGAGCUCAAAUACGACGAAAAGAACAAGAAAACUAUUGAGCACUACCUCUACCACCGCAACAAGCCUGUGGACUACUUCAUUCUCCUCUUACAGGGGAAGGUAGAGGUGGAGGCAGGGAAGGAAGGCAUGAAGUUUGAAGCAGGUGCUUUCUCUUACUAUGGAACGAUGGCUCUGACGGCUUCCCCAGUUCCUCUCUCCUUGUCUCGUACAUUUGUGGUCAGUAGAGCUGAAUCGUUAGCAGGAUCUCCAGAGAAUAAGUCUCCCCCGCGGCCCUGCGGUUUAAAUCACUCGGACUCUUUGAAUCGCAGUGACCGGAUCGAUGCCAUCACACCCACGCUAGGGAGCAGCAACAACCAGCUCAAUGCCUCCUUCCUGCAGGUGUACAUGCCAGACUACUCUGUGAGGGCCAUUGCAGACCUGCAGUACGUCAAGGUUACCCGUCAGCAGUACCAGAAUGCUCUGAUGGCUUCACGGAUGGACAAAACCCCUCAGUCCUCGGACAGUGAGAACAUUAAAAUAGAAUUGACUCUAACUGAGCUGCACAACAGAUUGCCGGAUGAGACAGCAAACCUGCUCAACGAACAGAACUGUGUUGCACACAACAAAUCCAACCACAAUAUGCACAACGAGGGCUCCAUUUAGCAGCGGAACAGCACGCAGACACCCUCAACACACGGCCCAACCCCGCGCCCCAUUGACUCCUGUGCUGGGGAGAGGGCGAGGGGGACUGCAGUCAUUAUGCGCAUGCACAUACGUAUGAGUUGAAAGUCUUGAGACCAAAGAGCUUGUGGUCCCUUUUUCUUUGGGGAUCAGUGUGAGAGGAAUAAAGAAAACAAAAAGAUCAUGAAAGAGUGAAAUAAAACAAGGGGUGAGGCAAGGAUAGAAACUAGAGUGCAGACUUUCACUCUGAAAGCAACUCAGAACCAUGUUUGAAUUUCCACUCCCUGCUAGGGGGUGCUUAGUUUUGAUAAAAUAUGCAUUAUUGUAUUUACGGUUAUUGUUGUUGUUGUUAUUUAACUACAUUUACAGUGAGCAUCUUUGUAAAAUGUUGCUUGUAAUGACCAAUUUCUCAUGGCCCUCGGUUUUGUUUUCUAUGCUAGACUACGUUUAAAGAAAGGCUUUUUUCACAUGUUACUGGCAUUGGUGGUAGGGAACUGUAUUUGGAGUAAAACUGAAUAAAGACCUAUAUUUAUUUGGAGCACAGCUAUUACUAAGUUGCAAUUGUGGUUUUAAUGGUUAAGUUGUGACUUUUAUGUCAAAAUAAGUCAAUAAAGAGGAGAAGGGGUUAUUCUAAAUCAGCAUUUUUCAAAAAAGCUCUAUAUUUUUAUUCUUAAAGCCUGUGGGGGGAAUA